AUGCUUCUAUCUUCCAAGUUGAGUGUCCUGAUUGCCAUUUUGGCAGUGUUGCAUCUUCAGCAAGCAGCAUGCCUCUCGGACAAAGAGACCGAUCACAUUUCCAAACGUUCCAAGUCCGACCAAAGCCAUGUGAUUGAAUUAAAGAAAGAGAAAUCAGAUGAACUCAAACACAAAGCAGAACAUCUCAAACACGAAGCCGAACAACUUAAGCACGAAGCAAAGAAAGAGAAAUCAAAUGAACUCAAACACCAAGCAGAACACCUCAAGCACGAAGCCGAAGAACUUGAGCACGAAGCCAAGCGAAUCAAAGAACAAGAGAAACAUGAUCGCCAGCGUAUGAAAGAACAAGAGAAACACGAUCGCCAGCGUAAGAAAGAACAAGAAAAGCUCGAAAGGCAGUGGAAGACAGAACAUCCAGAACACUCUCACCCCGUUGUAUUACCGGUCCUCCCAAGCCCACCGACUAACUGGUAUCCUCCAAGCCAACCAAUCUACCCACCAUACCAUCCAUCCGACCCACCAUUCUGGAAUCCUAAACCUUCCAACUGGCACUCCAGAAAUUACUGCUCUGGUACAUAUGAUGAGCUUACCGUUGAUGACUGCCAACAGUGGGUAAUUCAUUUGGUUUUAUAG